AGGAUUACGCUGUCGGUACGACCUUCGUCGACAAGAGAGCGAGCAAAGGAUCGCGAUUCACGAGGAUCAGCGAAGUGGGUUCUGUGCAAAUGCAUGGUUGCCCACUUGAAGGUCCUCCACAUUUGGGUCUUGCAGACAAUCACUUUAGCCCGCGGUGGUCGACUUAUGGCCCCGUAUCUAGACAGAAUCCCGUGUCGGUAUGGCCUUCAUAGUGGCCUGCGGCAGAAGUACUGGUUGCACAUUUAACGUUGUCAAUGCAUUUACUGGUGAGCGACAUUGAAGAAGAUUCAUGGGUAGUUUCUUCUGUGCAUAGAUAUCGAGUUGGAGGGUUUUGAUAGGGAUUACGCAGAGUUGGUGCUUUUGGGGGUGAAGCUGUCAAAAUAGUCCAGCUCGUGGGAGCCGGUGUUUGGUUUAGGAGUGCGUUUUGUUGUGAUGGAGAUUUGGGUGUGGGGAUUUGAGGAAUCGUGUUAGCACGUGAGGACGUUGGGGCACAUUUGAUGCACUCCGUGGAUGCAGCGGCUACGGCUGUUCGCUUUCGGAUUUGAAUUCUGGAGAGGCAAUUUCUCGCCAUGUCGUCUGAGGGUAGGUUUCAGAUUGAUAUCACUGCGAAGUCGAAGGCAUUGAGUCUCCAAGUACGAUUCAUAGCAGCCUUUUGGACCUCUCCUGUGUCCCAUGCGCGCCGCGUUACUGGGUCCAUCAAUGCACGUGUUUUCAGCUUGAUUUUGCAUGUGAGCCUAACCCUGUUGCAAGUUUUGGGCGUAUCUAGCUCUAUUGCCUCUGAUCCUACCCUUACCCGACGUCAGAGUUCGAAGGUUCGCUACUCACUGCAGGUUCGGUUGCGCAAUCUCUGGUUUCGAAUCCGUGGCAAGCAUAAGGAAAGCAAUCACACGAAUCACGUAAAGAAAACAGCUAAAAGUUCUAGUCAGCUGACGAAGUCGAAAUCGAAGCGCAUACUUGUUGCUGUUGGCAGAUUUUGGAGAAAGAACAAGAGCUUCGAGAAGAAGACUGGGUCUCAGAAAGCCGUUGUGAAUCAUGGAGAUAUGACUCAGUCUCAGGAAGCUUUAGGAAGAGAUACAGUAGCCAUGGCUUUGAAUGGCGUUGGUGUGGUGUCCACUCUGAUAACACUUGUUCAAUUGGCUGUUACCCGAGGGCUCCCCGUGUUAAUCACUGGCGUGACGGGGCUAGCAGUUGUGAGCAGACUCGUCUUUUUGAAUCGUUGUUCUACAAUAAGCCCGCAGUUUUCCAAGUUAUGGAAGGAAGCCAUGCAGAUCGGUGGCUUUUCUCUGAUGCCUCAGGCAAUGCAGGCAAUAUUUCGUCCUUACUUAUCAGACUUCGGUUUCAUCCCCAACGGAACCUACACGGGCACUUUUGCCUUGAUUAUGAUACUUCUGGUUGUGCUGCACAUACUUCCUCUUAUCUCAGGCAAGAUAUCGAAGGCUACCCACCAAAGCCACUCGGUUCUUUGAAGUCUUAUCAGCAGGAGUCCCUGCUGUUCUUGUCCUAUGGGCUCCCAUUGUACAACUGUGGACAAGCUGCUGGAGCCCUGCCAAUGCCGAUUUAGUGCAAAUAUGCACAGGACUGCUGGCAAUUCUGAGCAAUUGUGCUAGUUUGCCCUUGACCCAGUCUAAACAUCAAACUCUGUGGACAUUCUAAAACCAAUAGCCUGGUGGCAUUUAUGCAACACGACAACUAGAAACCAUCAAAGAUUAGCCAGAGAGUUUGGACACACUGGCUCAGUAAUGUCGUGAAAGCAAUGUGGAGUGCGACUUCGGAAUGAACCAUUGGGUUCAAUGACUAAAUUGCGCAAAGUAGUAGGCUCUGGGUACUGCUCAUCACAGUGCAGUUCUAUCCAAAUGGGAGUUUGAGAAAGCCAUGUUUCUGCUUUUACUAGACAUGCUUGGUCUGUCGAUGUCAUGGUGGUUGCCACAAAUUGGUUACAGGGAGCACCGUGCACCACAUUUAUUGUACAAGCAACGCUAACAGCUACAGAAUACUUCAAGGUGAUGUGUGAUAUGUCCAAUCUAUGUUUGAAACAUAUAUUGUCACACUAAAUAAUCUUUCUCCGUUCAUUCUUAUGUGGAGUUAAAUUUUUUCA